AUGACAUUACUAAUGGUUGCUGAAAAACCACUUCUUGCUGAGUCUAUUGCAAAUUUUUUAAGUUUAGGUCCUGUUAAAACAAGAAAAGGAAUAGCUCCUAGUUGUCCUGUUCAUGAAUUUAAUUGUAAAUUUAAAGGAAAAAUAACAAAAGCUAAAAUGACAUCAGUAGCAGGUCAUGUCUAUACUUGUGAAUUUGAACGUGCUUUUCAAAAUUGGUCUGUAGAUCCAAGAGAUUUAUUUAAUUGUAAAGUUAUCAAAGUAGAAGCUAAUCCUAAAACACAUAUUCCAUCUCAUUUAAGAAAUGAAGCAAAAGGAUGUAAUGGAUUAGUGUUAUGGCUUGACUGUGAUAGAGAAGGUGAAAAUAUUUGUUUUGAAGUAAUGGAGAAUACUGUAGAUUAUAUGACUAAAACAUGUAAAAUUUAUCGGGCUUUAUUUAGUUCCAUCACGAAAAAAGAUAUUACUGAAGCAUUUAAUCAUCUUGGACAACCAGAUGAAAGACUAGCAGAAGCUGUUGAUUGUAGACAAGAGAUUGAUUUAAGAGUUGGAGUUGCUUUUACUCGUUUACAAACUAAGUUCUUAAAAGAACGAUUUCCCAAAUUAGGAGAUUCUUUAAUUAGUUUUGGACCUUGUCAAACACCAACUCUUGGAUUUUGUGUUGAUAGACAAAAAGAAAUUGACAAUUUUGUUUCAAAACCAUUCUAUACUCUUAAAGUUAUACUAGAAGAUCAUGAAGGAAGAAAUAAAACUUUAAAAUUAGAUAAAUGUUUUGAUAAUAAAUCUGAUGUUGAUGAUAUUGUUAAAAGUUGUAAAGGGGUUCAAGGUAAAGUUAUUAAAAUGAAUGUCAACGAAUUAAAAAAAUCAAGGCCAAUAGGUUUAAAUACUGUAGAAAUGUUAAAAGCAGCAUCCAUAAAGUUAGGACUUGGUCCACAAGAUACAAUGCGUAUUGCAGAAAAGUUAUAUACAAGAGGUUAUAUUUCAUAUCCAAGAACAGAGUCAACUAAAUACUCUUCUUAUUUCAAUUUUGAUGAUAUUCUUAAUAAUUUACAAGAAACAAAUCAAUUUAGAGAAAAGGUUCAAUUAGUAAAACAAAAUGGAAUUAAUAUUCCUCGUAAUGGAGAAGAUAAAGGAGAUCAUCCACCUAUUACUCCACUAAAUUAUCCAAAUGAAUAUUUAAAUGAUUCAGAAAAGAAAUUAUUUGAUUUUAUAACAAAUACAUUUCUUGCUUCUAUUUACAAAGAUUCAAUCUUUCAAAAAGUUAAUGUUUCUAUUCAAAUUGGUAAUUACACAUUUAAUGGAAGUGGAAAAGUAUUAAAAGAUCCUGGAUUUAAGAAAAUUAUUAGUCGUUAUGAUGAAGAUGAAGAAAUUAAAGAUUCUGAUUUGAUAAAACCAACUUCAUUUAUUGAAGGAGAUAUAGUUAUUCCUUCUAUGUUUGAUAUUGUUAAAGGUAUGACUACAUGUCCAGAUUAUUUAACAGAAUAUGAAUUAAUUUCAUUAAUGGAAAAGAAUGGAAUUGGAACAGACGCAAGUAUUCCUGUUCAUAUUCAAAAUAUUAUUACACGUGAAUAUGUUAGUUUAGAUACCUCAAAAAGAACUCUUAGACCAACUAAAAUUGGACUAGCAUUAGCUAAGACAUUAGAAACUGUAGAUAAAAACCUUAUUACUCCACAAAUUAGAGCACAUAUCGAAUCAAUGGUUUCUAGAAUAGCAGAAGGAAAAGCACAAUAUGAAAAUGUCCUUGAAGAAGCUUUAGAUACAUUUGAACAAAAUUAUUUGAUUUAUAAACAAAAUUUAAAAGUUCUUGAAGAGAAUUUCGCACCGUUAUACCAAGUUCAAGAACAAAGUAGAUUAUUUAGCAAAUGUGGAAAAUGUGGAAGAAUCUUAUUAAAAGUUAUAGGAGAUCAAACAUAUUUAUCUUGUCCAAAUUGCUCUUUAAAAUUUAAUUUACCUCAAAACGUAUCAUAUUCACAACAAACAAAAUGUUGUCCUAUUUGUAAAUUUGAAACUAUUAUGACUUCAUCUCUUAAAAGUACUAAAAAAGAAAUGGUGUGUCCUGGAUGUUAUAAUGAAAAGAACCAAUUUAUGAAACAAGAACAUAGUUCUUGUUUACAAUGCUCUAAUCCUGAAUGUAAGUUAUCAUAUGAAAGAACAAAAACAUGUUUAUGUAGUGUGUGUGGUGGGGUAAUGUGUUUAUCUUCAUUACAAAAUAAAUGGAGUUGUUUUUGUAACACUUGUGAUAGUCAUAUGGAAUGGAUUGAUACCAUAAAAAAAGCUCUUCCAAAUGAUGAAAUUUGUGGAAAAUGCAAAACGUAUCAUCUUGUAGAUCUUACAAUGAAAGACAAUACAGUUAUUAAAGGGUGUAUGAAUUGUGAUUCAACAAUUAAAAAAUUAUAUACUAUCAAAGCUGUUUUUUAUUCAACCCCAACACGAAAAGGUAGACAUUAUAAUACUUCAAAAAGUAGAGGAGGAUAUACGUCUCACGAUAAAAAUAAAUUCUAUAAACAUACAUCAAGAACUGGUAAGUAA